AUGGCACAAUCGCCAAACUUUCCGCCCUCGAUGCUGGAUGCUGGCCACGGCGCGUCUGAUUCUGCCGCGACCACCACCCACCACAGCACGCAUCCCACCAGCCGUAGACUGUCCGCGGCGGAUGGCCCUGGGCCUGGGGGAGGGGCUCACAAGCGCUCGUCCCUACCUCCAGGCUUCCGGCCACUUGGCUCCCACCUUCAGCACCACACCGGGCAGUAUAAUGCCUCUCCGCUGCAGCGUGCCCUGACACCACCGCCGCCGGAUGCUCACUCCCAUCCCCUAGAUCCAAGCGACCCCGAACCUUUUCCCUCGGUCGAGUCGCUUGAGAGCGCGGGAUCUGGGCAGAAUUUCCACAUUUCAGGUUCAGGCUUACCCACGUCCGCAUCGUCCAACGACAACACGAGUCCGCUCCAACCUCACGCACACCCUUAUCGACAUUCACAGUCGUCCUCGUUUGGCAGCAAAUCGGAAGUUUUGGAGAUCUACUGCGCAUCAUGUGGUAGACCCUGGCUGCUCAGAAAUGCAUUUGCAUGCACCGAGUGCAUCUGUGGCGUCUGCAGCGACUGUGUUGGACAGAUCAUCAGCAGUCCCGUGGUCACUGUCCAACCAGGAUACGCGCCGAUGCGCCGCGGAUGCCCCCGCUGCGGAGUUUUGGGCGGGAAGUGGAAGCGAUUCCAACUUGAUUUUCGAUAA